CGUAUUAAGUUUGGUGUGCAUUUUCUGAUUUUCAAUUUUUUAAAGUAUUCUAUUCACUCUACAAACCGCACUGGUUUGUAAAGGAAGUGAAUAUGUUUGUUUUAUACGAAACACCGGCUGGAUAUGCCAUUUUUAAGCUUUUGGAUGACACCAAAUUGAAGGAGAUUGAUAAUCUCUAUCUAGAAUUUGAAUCUCCAGAGCAAGCCGGAAAAAUCGUUAAAUUAAAGCACUUUGAAAAGUUUGCUGACACGACCGAGGCCCUUUCGGCGGCCACGGCCGCCGUUGAGGGCAAGGUAUCUAAAACUCUAAAGAAAGCGUUGAAGAAGCUCGUGGUAGAAGAUGUUCAGAACCAGCUGCUGGUGGCGGACGCCAAACUGGGUAACGCGAUUAAGGACAAGCUGUCGCUCCAGUGCGUUUCCAACACAUCGGUCCAGGAACUGAUGCGCUGCAUUCGUAACCAGUCGGAAAAUUUAUUGUCUGGUUUGCCGAAAAAAGAAAUGACGGCUAUGUCGCUUGGGUUGGCUCACUCUCUGUCUCGCUACAAACUAAAGUUCUCCCCGGAUAAGAUUGACACGAUGAUUGUGCAGGCCCAAAGCCUGCUAGACGAUCUGGAUAAGGAGUUAAACAACUACAUGAUGCGAGUGCGCGAGUGGUACGGUUGGCAUUUCCCGGAGCUGGGAAAAAUUCUUACAGACAACGUGGCGUACAUUAAAACUAUUAAAAUCGUUGGCACGAGAGACAAUAUGGCUGAUACGGAUCUGUCCGAUAUUUUGAUGGAAGAGCUCGAGCAGAAAGUAAAAGAAGCGGCCGAAAUUUCUAUGGGAACGGAAAUUUCUGAAGAGGACAUCAUCAACAUACAGAACCUUUGCGAUGAGAUUUUGGCCAUCAACGAGUAUCGUGCACAUUUAAGCGAGUAUCUUAAAACUCGAAUGAUGGCCAUGGCACCGAAUCUGACCGUACUCGUCGGCGAAACAGUCGGAGCUCGACUUAUUGCACACGCCGGUUCAUUGGUUAAUCUUGCGAAACAUCCGGCCUCAACGGUCCAAAUCUUAGGUUCCGAGAAAGCGCUGUUCCGUGCUCUGAAGACCAAGAAGGAUACACCGAAGUACGGUCUCAUUUACCACGCCAGUAUGGUGGGUUCAGCCAGUACGAAGAAUAAGGGGCGUAUUUCGCGUUCUUUGGCCGCCAAAGCAUCGUUGGCUACGCGUGUGGACGCUUUCGGUGACGACGUCACCAUGGAGCUCGGUAUCGGCCAUCGGGCGAAGCUUGAAACACGGUUGCGUAUGCUGGAGGAAGGCAUCAACACAAAGUUGUCUGGCGUCAAGGCAAAGGCAAAGCUGCAAAAGUUCCAUGCCGUUAGCGAAGUUAAAACGUUUAAGGUGGCCACCGAUAGCACAUUGCCGUCCACGUCGAAGAAAGUAAAAAUGGAGCAUGAAGCCGAAAAUGCCCCCUCGCUAAAGAAGGUCAAGAUCGAGAAGGAUGCUGAGGAAGAAGACGCAUCUGCGUCUCCAGAAGAACCAGAAAUGCAAACACCCAAUAAAAAGAAGAAGAAGAAGAAGGACGUAAAGGAGGAACCUGUCGAAGAAGAGCAACAAACCGUCGAAAUGACAGACGUGGCGGAAGAAGGUUCAUCGAAGAAAAAGAAAAAGAAGAUGAAGCAAGAGCAAGAAGUGGACGAAAGUGUCCUUGAAGAAAGUGUAACCGAAGCUCCGGCCUCAGAUAAAAAGGAUAAAAAGAAGAAGAAAAAGAAACAAUCAGAAGAUGAUGAAUGAGAAGCAGAAGUUACUAUUUUACUUUCUCUGACAUUAGGUCGAUCGUUAACUCGGCGUUGCAGUGCAGUGCAGAGUUUAAUCGCCCGAUGCAAACUAGACAUUUGUAACAUACAACUUGCGUUUGGGUCGCCCUAUUUUUUCGCCGGGUACACAUCCCGUUGGUACAGAGCUAUGGUACAAUGUAUUAUAGAUUCAAAACAGUUGGUUUCCAGAAGAAAGUUUGCCUCGAAAAGGAAGGCAAAAUAUCGCACUGUAAAAUCAGUAGAACGUUAUUUUUUACACAAUCAAAUCAUAAUUAGAGGCCUUUCGUGGCGCAAAGGAAAUAUUAUGAACUUAACAAUAAUCCCUUGGGCUUUAUUUUGAUUUCCUUUUAUUUUUAUAAACUUAUAGAUUGUAACGUUACU